AUCUAAAAACAAGCGCGUAGCAAACCGCUGAGAAAAAACCCUCGCAAUGCAAAAGGAAAAGCGAAGCAGGCAAAAGCCGCACCGACGGCAACUAAAAUGGCAACAUGUAAUUAAAACAACAACAAGGGAAGCCCAUGCACUGCCUGCAGCAACAGCAACAACAACGAAAAUAGCAGCCGCCACAGCCAUACCAACUAGAACAACGAUAACAACAGCAACAAAGCCAACACUGCUGACAGUGUACAACAAAAUCGUGCGCACAAUGACAGUUGUUGCAAGCAACAUUGGCGCUGUUGUUGUUGGCGAUGGCAAGCAGGAGGUUGACUGUUGUUGCGCAAGCGAGCCAAGUGACUCCAGCCAACGGCAACAGCAACAACAACGAAUAUGGCCCUCACAAGCACAGCUGCUGCAACAUCGGCAACAACAACAACAACAACAUAAGCAACAACAAGGUGGUGAGCCACUUAUGCAACGGCGGCUGCAUUUACGGCCAUGGCCAGGACAGCGGUCAAAGUUCAGCUCCUGGCUGCUGACAACUGUGUUCAUCGUUGCCAUUUGCCUGGUGCAGAGUGCGCAGACGAACAGUUUGUUUGGUAAUUUACAAUCUUGUUCCAAUGAAGGCGAAGAAGUUCAAAUUCAAGAACUAAUAAAGUGGAAUUCAAAGUGCUUUAAAUGUGCCUGUAAGAAUGGUUUUGUUAACUGUGACAAAGAAAGCUGCCCCUCCAUCGAUGAUUGCUAUUUGUUGGAUCCAAAGACGCCAGAUACGUGUUGUAGGAAAUGCAAAGGUUGUAUUUUUCGCGGCGUACCAUACUCCAGUGGCACUGAAUGGACUGAUCCCGAAGAUCCUUGUAAAACAUACAAAUGUAUUGCCAGUGUUGUUACCGAAACGACGAUGAAAUGUUUCAAUCAGUGUGAUGAUGAACACGUUAUACCGCCAAAGCCGGGCGAAUGUUGUCCAACAUGUCGAGGUUGUAAGAUCAAUGGACAAGUUGUAGCCGAGGGGCAGGAAGUAGUCGGCUCGAUAGACGAUCGUUGCAUGGUGUGUCAGUGUUCGAAGAAUAAACUGACCUGUGCCAAGAAGACAUGUCCAAUACUACAAUGUCCCAUUUCAAAGCAAACACAAAAUCCCAACGAGUGUUGUCCACGUUGCACCGAGCAUCGCGAGUUUAUGCCAGUAACUGGCAAAUGCAUUUUCAACAACAAAGUCUAUUACGACAAGACUCAAUUCACGCCCGAUCGCUGCACAAAUUGCACCUGCAGCAAUGGCACAUCGGUGUGUCAGCGCAACACCUGCACCGUGCUGGAAUGCUCGCCCGAGUAUCAGGAAAUGGACGGCUGCUGCCCACGCUGCAUCACAUCGGAAGUGCGCAGCGAAUGCAUACAUAACGGUAUUACCUACAUGAAUAACGAGACUUGGAAUUUGGGUCCAUGUCGCUCGUGUCGCUGUACUGCCGGCAAUAUACGCUGCUCCGAAAUGCGCUGUGCGGCGGUGAGAUGUCGUUCGAAUGAGGAGAAGAAAACUUUGCCGGGUGAGUGUUGUCCACGUUGCCUAGAGACCGCUGGCACCUGCACUGUCUUCGGUGAUCCGCACUUCAAAACGUUCGACGGCAAAUUCUUCAGCUUUCAGGGUUCGUGCAAAUAUCUGCUCGCUGCCGAUUGCCGUGAUCAUUCCUUCUCCAUACGUCUGACGAAUGAUGGGCGCGGCACGAAGCGGUCGUCGUGGGCGAAAACGGUAACUUUGAAAAUGCGCGGUAUGCGUGUGAAUUUGGGUCAAAAGCUGCGUGUAAAGGUGAAUGGUAGUCGGGUGUUGUUGCCGUAUCAGGGCGCGGCCGAUGGGCCCAUCAUCAGCAUCGAACGGCAAGGCGAAAGUAUUUUACUGCGGACCGAUGUGGGGCUAAAUCUCGAAUGGGAUGGUAAUAAUUUUCUGCAAUUAACGGCACCCGCCUCUUUCAAGCAAAAGUUGUGCGGCCUCUGUGGCAACUAUAACGGCAUUGGACGUGACGAUCUCACCAGCCGCGAUGGCAACAAUCACACCGACGAUGAGGUUUGGCGCUUCGCCAACUCAUGGAAGGUGGGCGGACCGAAAGCGUGUUCACGGCGUGUGGACAAACUUGCCGCGCGGCCAAAUUGCAAGCAACGCCAGGCGAACGCCUACUGCCGCUGGCUGCGCGAAUCUGAAGUAUUCGGAAACUGUGAUAAUAGACUAAAUCCCAAUAACUAUUUUGAUGCCUGCAAGAUGGACGUCUGCGAAUGCCCCAACGGCAUGUGCCAUUGUGACAGUUUCGCCGCGUAUGCGCACGAAUGUCGCCGUUUAGGCGUGCAGGUGCCGGAUGAGUGGCGCAAGCGCACCAGGUGUCCGGCGGGCAUGUGGCGACGCAAUGCAACCAAAAUGGCGUUACCGCCGUGGCAGUACCAAAUGCGCGGCGGUGGUGGGGCCGGUGGUGGUAGUGCGCAAGCGCGUCGUCGCAAGCAACAACAGCAACUGGAGCUACAGCUACAAUUGCAGCAAUUGCAGGAGCAGAAUAAUCAGUUGUUGUUGGAGCAGCACGUGCCGAAGAGUCUGCUGGUGCAUAAGUCACCGAAUCGAACGCCGCCACCGCUGCACUGAGCGCGCGCAUGCGCAACGUCGCAAAACAUUCAUCAACACUAACUAAGCUACGCUAGGCUAUGAAAAAUAUUUCAAUUUGAAUAGAAAUACUUUUUUUUUUUUUAAAUAGAAAUACUUCUGUUUAUUUUUUUUUAGCAGAUGAUAACUAAAGCAUAUUGCUUCAGUUUAUUAGAUGAAGCGCAUAAACGUAUUUGUUUCUGUGCGUGUGUGUAUGUGUUUGUUUGUUUGUUUAUUUCUGCUAACUAAACCCAGUGGGAAAAUGUAAUGUAUAGUAAUCGAAAAAAUAAUCAGUAAAACGAACCUUUUCACAUUCGAAAAUGCUUUUUUCCCCCCACGGCGAUGUCCAAAGUAAAGUGGGGCAUUCAAUGUUGCAUUACCAGUGCUGAUUACAUAGUUAACAGUAAUAAAAUCGAGAGCUCAUAAGAAAUACAUUACACUAUUUAACAUACAUGCAAUGCAUUACAACCUUGCCCACUGGGCAUUUUAUUGUAUUUGACUGUAGUUGUAGACUUAAUUUUAAGCCUCACUGUUUCUCUGUGCUAUUUCGUACCAUUUGUUUUUUUUUUUUUUUUUGUAUUAACUAAACUAGUAUAAGUUCACUUUAUUUUUGUAUAUUUAUUUGUAUGUGUACAUAUAUGUAUGUAGCAUUGUUUUGUAUUUGUAGAAUUGUAGAAUUAGAGCGAAAUUUCCAUAUUUCAACCGUAACGGUUCCUACUCACACUAUUCAUUUGCAUGCACAUGCCCUGUCAUUGGAUCAAAAGUAGUCAGUUAAGUGCGCAUGCGCGUGCCACUGCAAAAGUGAAAAGAGUGUGCAACUAAUGCGCAUGCUGCCACUAAUGCGUCAUGCGUUUGAGCCAUACAAGAUGCGUUAUGCGCAUGCGUCACACUUUUCUACUUCAAGUUCAUGCGCUGCGUUGCUUAGGUGCCUUACUUAUGCACUUCAUAUUUAAAUAUAUUCAAUUCUUUUUUGUAUAGAAACUUUUGCACAAAUACAAGUUUUUAUUGCUUCGCUGGCAAGCGCAAAGCAUCGCAAUGUGUGCGUCAGCUGGCUGACUCAUACCUGCCUCCCUAUCAUCACAUUCUAUGCACUAGCUCAAGGAAUCUCACAUAUUUUGCUACCCUCACAAACCGAGAAUGCAACUACGAUGGUCACUAAAAUAUGCAUGCAUCAUCAAAUUCAUUUUGAAAAAGUUAAUCUUUUUAUAAUAUUAACGAAUACCGUUUUUUCGCAUAAUUGCGUUUUGCUUAAUUGCGUCACAUUUAAUAGCGCCACUUAAAAUUGCAUUGCAUUUAAUUGCGUGUGCUGCCUAAGUCAAUUCGGGUGUGCGCAAUUAAAAAUUCGAUUUAUAGGAAAACCGUUUAAAUGGUUCUCACACUUAAUUGAGUCGAAAUUUAUUAAACGAAAUUUAUUAA